AAUAUUUGCAAAGGUUUUCAGGUCUGAGUACAUUGUGAACAUGAGAUACUUUUGAGACAAUAUUGAAGUUGAGGUGUAAAAUUUAUUACUAAAGCAAGUUGACCUAAGCACCACCAAUGAGAAGGUUUAUAUCAUUAUAAAAUUGAUCUAAUUUUUAAUUCACAUCCACUGUUUUUUUUUAACAGUUUACUUUCAAUUUUAUUUUGUAUUUGUUUCAGGUAGACAGCUUAGUGGUUAGUCACACACUUUACAUAAUGCUUUCUUUCCCUGGUAUCUCCAGCACCCAACUGGCACCAUGCCUGGUAAUCACAAAAUUAUUGACUAUAUUCCCUCUGCUUUUCUUUAUAUCCCCAUGACCAUUUUGUAAUUUCGCAUUCACUUCCAAAAAGCCAUUGGUACUGGCUGAUUUAAAACUUUUGCUAAGUGACAGUAUUACCUUCAGAGCAAAAAAAUCAGGAAAGGUAUCAGGGUGGUAGAAGCGAUGGGUGGGCUCAAUGAGAAGCUAAAAUUUAAACAAAGACCUGUGGAUAAGAGGGGAAUAGCUUCAUAUUGCAAUAAGUUCCAUUAACAGUGUUACUGGAGAAACAGUAUUUUAAUAGCAAAGCUUAAGGCUUAUAAUUUAAAAUAACUUUAAAAAAUACAUACACAUACAGACCUGUGUGAUAGUAACACUGUUAUUUGACCAUGGGUUUAAACAUUGUUAGCUUAUUAAUUUAGCAAAUAUUUGAACUUGUACUAUUUGUAGGGCAUUUUGUUAGGUUCUUAGACUCUUGAAAAAAUCCUGGAUUGUUAAAAUAGCAAUAAAAGUGACUGUUAAGUAUAUUUUCUCUGUAAUGAUUUGAUUUAAUUUAAAUUUUAUCUGUAACAAGGAUAGUAAUUUCUGUUUCAAAUUCUCUUUUCUGCAAUGUUGUUUCCUCUGAAUUUAUGAGCCACUUUUACUACUAAGUCGGUUGACACUGAUGCUACUGCUUAUCACCAUGAUCCCGUGUUCCUGUUUAAAGUGAUCGUGUCAUUUUCAAUCAGGCAGCCCACCCGAACAUGCGGACCUAUUACUUCUGCACUGACACGAUAAAGGAGAUGGAGCUGUGGAUGAAAGCCAUGCUAGAUGCUGCCCUGGUGCAGACAGAACCUGUGAAAAGAAUUACCUUUAAUUUCCGAGUGGACAAGAUUACAUCUGAAAAUGCACCAGCUAAAGAAAUCAAUAACUAUCCCAACCACAGAGUGCUCAUUAAACCAGAGGCCCAAAAUAACCAGAAAAACAAGGAAAUAAGCAGAAAUGAAGAAAAAAAGGCAUUAGAAGCUGAAAAAUAUGGAUUUCAGAAGGAUGGUCAAGAUAGACCUUUAACAAAAAUUAAUAGUGUAAAGUUGAAUUCUCUGCCAUCUGAAUAUGAUGGGUCAACAUGCCCAGCUCAGACUGGACACUACAGGCCAGUCAAUGUGAAUAGUUUAGAGAACAAAACUAUCAAUGUGAGCCUGGCAGAUCUUAAAGGUGGAAGUCAGCCAAAUACAGGGCCCUCACACACAGAGGCUGACCGAGUCAUACAGAGAACCAAUUCGAUGCAGCAGCUGGAACACUGGAUUAAAACCCAGAAGGGGAGGGGUCAUGAAGAAGAAGUCAGGGGAGUAAUCUCUUACCAAACAUUACCGAGAAAUAUGCCAAGCCACAGAGCCCAGAUUGUGGCCCGGUAUCCUGAAGGUUAUAGAACACUCCCAAGAAACAGCAAGACCAGGCCCGAAAGUAUCUGCAGUGUAACCCCUUCCACUCACGACAGAGCGGUAGGAUCUGGAGCAGAAGAGAAGCGAAGAUCAAUGAGAGACGACACGAUGUGGCAGCUGUACGAAUGGCAGCAGCGUCAGUUCUAUAAUAAGCAGGGCACCCUCCCUCGUCACGGCACUCUGACCAGCCCUAAAACCAUGGUUAACAUUUCUGACCAGACAAUGCACUCCAUUCCCACAUCACCUUCCCAUGGCUCGAUUGCUGCGUAUCAGGGGUACUCCCCUCAACGAACCUACAGAUCGGAAGUGUCUUCGCCAAUUCAGAGAGGCGAUGUGACGAUAGACCGCAGGCACAGGGCCCACCACCCUAAGCAUGUCUAUGUGCCUGACAGAAGGUCAAUGCCAGCUGGCCUGACUUUACAGCCUAUUAGUCCCCAGAGCCUCCAAGGCAAAACACCAGAGGAGCUUACGCUGCUGCUAAUAAAGCUGAGACGGCAGCAAGCCGAACUGAGUAGUGUCCGGGAGCAUACGUUAGCACAGCUCAUGCAGCUAAAGCUUGAGGCCCACAGCCCAAAGAAUGAAAUUCUUUUGCAUCAUCUUCAAAGGAACACCAUAUAUUUGGAUCAUCAGAUGAAAGAGAAUGAACCUAUUAUCACCAUGGUUCACACAAUGAUUGAGAACUCGGCGCUAAGACCCCAACUGUACCAGCAAUUCUUAAGACAGAAGAACAAGAUAAGUCUAUAUUGUCUGUCACAAGAUGAAUGCAGAGGCACAUUGUACAAAUACAGACCUGACGAAGUCGAUAUUGAUGCCAAGUUAAGCCGUCUGUGUGAACAAGAUAAAGUGGUACAUGCUCUGGAAGAGAAACUUCAGCAGCUCCACAAGGAGAAAUACACGCUUGAGCAAGCUUUGCUGUCGGCGAGCCAGGAGAUAGAAAUGAACGCAGAUAACCCAGCAGCCAUUCAGACCGUGGUGUUGCAGAGAGACGACUUACAAAACGGGCUGCUCAGCACCUGUCGAGAGCUUUCUCGAGCCACUGCCGAACUGGAACGAGCAUGGAGAGAAUAUGAUAAGUUAGAAUACGAUGUAACUGUCACCAGGAACCAGAUGCAGGAGCAGCUGGAUCGCCUUGGAGAAGUUCAGACUGAAUCAGCAGGAAUUCAGCGUGCACAGAUUCAGAAAGAACUUUGGAGAAUCCAGGAUGUCAUGGAAGGCCUGAGUAAGCACAAACAGCAAAGAGGCACUACAGAAACGGGUAUGACAGUAUCAAGGCCUUUCUCAACAGUUAAGUACAAAAAUGAGGAAGAGGAAGUAGUCCCACCUCGUCCUCCACUUCCUCGGUCCUAUGACUUUACAGAGCAGCCUCCCAUAAUCCCCCCUCUGCCCAGUGAUAGCAGCUCCUUGCUCUGUUAUAGCAGGGGCCCAGUCCAUCUGCCUGAAGAAAAGAAGAUUCAUCAAGUUCAAGGAUAUACAAGAAAUGGAUCUCACUGUGGUCCAGAUUAUAGACUCUACAAGAGUGAACCAGAGUUAACAACGGUAGCAGAAGUUGAUGAAUCUAAUGGAGAAGAAAAAUCAGAACCCGUUUCAGAAAUGGAAACUUCAGUUAAAGGUGCCCACUUUCCUGUUGGAGUGGUCCCUCCAAGAACAAAAUCACCAACACCUGAAUCUUCCACAAUAGCCUCAUAUGUAACCUUAAGGAAAACUAAGAAGAUGAUGGAUUCAAGAACGGAAAGACCAAGAAGUGCAGUGGAACAGCUCUGUUUGGCUGAAAGUACUCGACCUCGGAUGACUGUGGAAGAACAAAUGGAGAGAAUAAGGAGACAUCAACAAGCAUGCUUAAGGGAAAAGAAAAAAGUAUUAAAUGUUAUUGGUGCUUUAGACCAGUCACCCUUACCAAGUCCUUCAAAUUUAAGGGACAAUCCAUUCAGGGUUACCCAGACUCGAAAGAAAGAUGAUAACAUAAAGGAAGUGGACACUGUCGCUAGAGAAGAUGAUAUAAAGACAAACCAUGAAGAUUCUGCCGCAGAAGUUGUUCGACUAGAAGAAACUGAACCUCAAAAUACAGAUUUCAGCAAAGAGUUUAAAAAAACUGAAAAUGUUUUUUAUGAAACACCUUCCAAACUUGAGCCAAAUGGAGUAAAUUCUGAAGAAGUGAUGGAUAAAGAAAGAAACAAAGAAGAAAUGCCUGAGGAUAUUUCAUACAGCCCUGAGGAUGAGACACAGAUCACAAAUCAUAAAUCAGAAGGCCACCCUGAAGAAAAUACAAAGGACAGUAUCCAUGAGCAGGAAGAAAGUGUCACUUCUCAUGAACCGGCUCCCGAGGCUUCUAAAGGAAACCAAACAAUGGCAGGGAAAAGUCUGUCCUCCUCUCCUGAGUCGUCAGCCUCACCGGUCCCGUCUGCUCAGCCACAGCUCACAGAAGGAUCGCAUUUCAUGUGUGUGUAGUCUCGAGAAAACUACCCUGACUUCUGUUGAACCCAUUCAAACCUAAGGACACGGACCUUCGGCAAUGUGAGAAGAUAUUGUACAGUAUAUUUUAAAUCUAUGAAAUUCAUAGUUCUGAUGCUUUUGGCCACAGAGCAUCAUUUUAUCACUUAUGGAAAAUGUUUAUUCCAAAACAGCUUUAAUGGCCCAUACGUACACUCCCUGAUCUCUGGGUUGUUAUCCUGACACCAGCUUGCUGCUAUGAUUUCAGAGCACAGAGGUCAAGGUGCUUUUCACCGUGCAGCCCACCGCCCGUACUCCCUGAGUCGCUCAUUUCCACAUUUUGAUGUUUCUAAAGUCUGGGUGGAGUUACAUUUCUUUUUUCUUUUCAGUACAUCAUUUUAGUUAUUCCCAGGAAGCUUAUUUUCUUUUGUCUUUUUUUUUCUUCCCAUUUUGGCUACUGCAGUGCUUUGUUUCACACUUGAUUUGUAAAAAUUUUAUAUAUAUAUUUAAAAUGUGCCAUUUUAUUAUUGCUAAGUGAAGGACGUCCUGCUUUCCGCUAUAAUUAUUUCUCGGUCAGAUUGCAGUGUCAGCAGUUACCGCCACACUCUUGUCAGCUUAAACACAAAUGUGCUCGCUUACUGUUUCUUGAAAAACAAUUUAAAAUGUGGGUGUUUCGAAGUACUGGGCUUAUACUUCAUUGGAAUAGAUGUGUACAGCAAUAAGCAGGUUUUCAAAUCCAGUACUUAGUUUGUGUACAAAUGUAAUUAUGUUCAUUGUGUAUAUAUUAUACAAUGAGCACAUGUAAUGUAAGUAUUAAAGGCUACUUACUAUUGUUUAAAUGCAAAUGUUCAUAUCUCAUUUCUUUUUUUAUCAUGUUAAAUAAAUGUUGAUGUUCUUAAA